AUGGCGGCCCCCGAGACGCGGGUCGUCUCUGUACAGCGCCUCAGCGAGGGCCCCGGGUCCCGCUCUCUAGCUGAAUGGUGGGCCGAUGAGAAAAAGCUUCAAACGCCUGAAUCAAAGGCUAUCGAGGAAGCUGCUCAGAUCCUCCGCACCAGCGAUAUCCCCGUCGCCUUCCCCACGGAGACAGUCUACGGUCUGGGCGCGGAUGCCACGCGAAGCGCCUCAGUACAGGGCAUCUACCGCGCAAAGCAAAGACCCUCAGAUAACCCGCUCAUCGUGCACGUCGAUUCUAUCGAGAUGCUAAACCGCCUAUUGAAUCCCACGCCGCAAACCCCCAGAAGCCCCGACUCGACCAAGACCCCGCACAUCAACAUCCCAGAAAUCUACCAACCACUCCUGGACCGUUUCUGGCCCGGCCCAUUGACAGUUAUCCUGCCCAACCCAUCAGGAUCCGAACUCGCCCCCGAACCCGUCUCCUCAUCCACGCGACAGACCGUCCGCUCGCCGCGCCUUCAGCUAACGCCUCGACCAAACCCUCCCCCCACCACCGCGCAACACGUCUACCACGACCUCCACGGCCGCAUCGAGCUCAUCCUCGACGGCGGGCCAUCCGGCGUCGGCGUAGAAAGUACCGUCGUCGACGGCCUCUGCCACCCACCCGCCAUCCUCCGCCCCGGCGGUAUCGGCAUCGAAGAAAUCCGCACCUGCCCCGGCUGGCAGGACGUCAUCGUCGCAUACAACGACGGCACACUAGAUGUGAAAGAAAUUCCCCGCGCCCCCGGAAUGAAAUACCGCCACUACUCGCCCAAAGCACGAGUCGUCCUCUUCGAAGCAAACUCGCAUUUCGCCGGCGUGAAACGACACGUCCAGAAGGAUCUCUCCGACAGCGCAAUCGGCGCACACAACAUCGGCAUUAUCCGCACGCGCAAUUGGCCCCAGGGUCUUGGACUCGCAACCACCGAUACACUAAUCUCCUCGCUGCGGCCUGUUUCAUCCGCGAUCGAGGGUCUACAUAGUUUCCCCGUUCCCGUGCAGGAAACGGGGAGUCCGAGUAGUCGGACCAAGACCGCUUAUGAUUAUCAUUUAGGGUCUGAGACAGGUGCUAUUGCGCAUGGAUUGUUUGCUGCGCUGCGGGCGUUGGAUGAAUUGGAUGUGGAUGUUAUUUAUGUGGAGGGGAUUUCGGAUCGAGAUGGGGAUUUGGCGGCUGCGGUGAUGAAUCGGUUAAGGAAGGCUGCUGGGGCGGAGAUGAAGGUGUAG